UUUCUCUCCGCCGCGCCCGUGCGGAGCAGCCGCGGCCGGCGCGGCCGCCGGGACCCGCCCCGCCGGCUCGCCGGGCACCUGCUCGGGGCGGAGCGGCGGCGGCCGGAGGAGCGGCGGGAGCGGCGCCGCAGGCGCUUCAAGAAACUGAUAAACACAUGAGAGAAGAUGACAAGAUCUAGAUCAAGAUCACCACGAUGGAAACCAAGGUCCUUAUCUCCAGCUUUUAGGACUCCAGAGCACCAUAGGCAAAGACAUGCUCAUGUUAAUUAUGACUGUGAAUAUAAAAGCUUUCGUAAGGACCCAAAAAAGUCUAUGCCUUGGAGAACAGAAGAUGAAAAGUAUGGACAAAGCAAUUCCAGGUUUGCACCUCAUGGAAAUAACCACCAGAGAAUAUAUGAACGUAGGUCACCUUCACCAAACUUGAAAAGAAUUCCCAUGGAAGAUGCUUACAGUCAUAAGCCCUACAGAACACAUUCAUCUGAAAGGACUGAAAGCAAUAGGAGAUGCCAGUUACCACCAAAAUACUCGGAAGUACCUUACAAAGAGCACGAUCGUCCGUUUUACCAGCACAAAAUGGAGGACAGAUACAUGUUUGAUCACUACAAAGUCAGUGGAAAUGAAAAAGGAAUGAAACCAUUUCAUAGACCGUUAGGGGCUUCAUGCAAACUUGAAAGAAAAUGGCAUGAAGAUGACUUGAGGCACCAGAGGUUACAUGAAGAGAAGUAUGGUCAGUCACCCAGAAGAGUUUCUGAUGAAUUUACGGCAAGGAGCUCUUUACAGAAGAGGUAUCCUGAAGAUCACGAUUACAGAGAAUAUGGGCACGCGUCUAAAAGGGCUAAGGAAAUGGAGAGGUAUGACGCUGGAGAUGUAGCGAGAAAUUCCAAGUGGAAGCAAGAACGUUCUUUUGCACCCUGCCAGGAAAAGGAGGAGCAGAGGUACCCGGGCGCGCAGUCGCAGCGCUCGGCCGAGAGGGAGCACCUGGGGGGGCCUGUCCCAAAGCUAGCCUACGAGUACAGCCACAAGCGGCGCCGGCAGCCCGACGGGGAGAAGCCUUUUGCGGCAGACAGAGCUCCCAAGUACGUGAAGCAGGAAGAGCAGAAGUACGGCUCUUCCAAGGGUGCCCGGAACAGCAAGGAGCUGGAGUACUGCCCUGGGGGCAGAGCCAGGCGGACUGAAGAACGGCAUGUUGAGGAACCUGUUAAAUGCAGUUCAAAGAAGGGCUGCAAUGCUUGUGUUAACUCUUCCAAAACAGAUGUUGAGCUGAGGUCUUGUAAAAACAAACUGAAUGAAAGAGUGAGGAAAGAUGGGGAAUUGAGGAAAAACGUAGAUUCCUCCAAUAGCCAGCGUGAUGCAAGUCAUACUGUUUCAGAUGUGAAAGUGUCAGAGGCCAACUGUAUGAGAGAACAUCUCACAGUCAAAGUGGAUAUGAAGAAAAUGGUGACCAAGUACAGGACUGCAUCUAGUCACACUACAGAGAGACAGAUGUCCCAUGAUCUGGUUGCUGUUGGCAGAAAAAAAGAAAAUUUUCAUCCAGUGUUUGAGCACAUGGCAUCUGUAAAACAAAACAUUGAAAACGACCCUUCAAAAGAAUUUACUCAGGAAAUAAUCACAAUUAUUCAUCAAGUUAAAGCAAAUUAUUUUGCAUCUUCUGACAUAACUCUGCACGAACGGUUCUCAAAAAUUCAGGAUAAAUCAAGUGCAAAUACAAAAGAAGUGAAAACGCAUCUGGAUCCAGAAAUUCACAGGAGGAUUGACAUGUCUCUAGCAGAACUUCAGAACAAACGAACCGUGCCACCUGAGUCCCACCAGAACAUUGUAAGAGUGUUAGAAGAUCCAAAUGAUCUACGGUAUGAUAUAGAAAGGAGAAGAAAAGAGAGAUUGAAGAAUGAAGAUGAGAGAGUGUUUCAUGUAGAUGGUGUAACUCCAAGGAACCAGCAAAGCUGCAGUCUUUCAAAGUUACAGACAUCUCAAGUUGAUGGUUUCCAAAAGCCUAUGAGGUUUAUUAAGCCACCUUUCAGGAAAUUUAUUGGGAGACCUCAUCUGAAUUCUUACUAUGUUUCAAAAUCAAGUGACACUUACCCCCACAGACGUAUUAGAGGACACCUUGAAAAUGCAGGACCCAUCAGAAGGCACUUUAAGAGCAACUUUGCAGAUGGCCGUUUGCAAUCCCAUUAUAAAUCAGGCUUAGUGCAGAAGGGUUUAUAUAUUCAGGCUAAGUACCAGCGGUUACGUUCUGUUGGUGUAAGGGGAUUUGCCACUAAUAAAUUCAGAGAUGGAUUUUUGCGGAAAGAAAAGGGAAAUCUAAAUAUUGCAACAGAAACCUGAACUGAGCUGAGAUCCUGAAGUUGAAACAGAUAACACAGCAAAGGGAUCAUCUGUUCAGUUUUUGACAACUUUCUCAAGACUUAAAAAAGGAUAAAGGAACUAAUGCUGUAACUUUCUUGAUUAAAAAAUAACUUUAUUUUGAAUGCUGCAGAACUUUUUUACAGUUUUAAUAAUUGCUUUUAAAGUACAGUAUUCAAUUAAAACAUCAUAUUAUGUACCUUUAGUUCUGUGUGCAUACGAGUCUCAAGUAAGGAAGUCAUUGAAGGGAGUCUUAUUUAUUGAGUACUUUUUCUCCAAGCAUGAUGUUACAGAUGGAACUUGAGUUGUUAUACCUAGAGGUUUCUAUGUUGAAAGUUUAUUGCUAAUGUAAUAAUAAAAAAGAAAAAAAAAAGUGCCUGAAUUGUUUGGUAAUAGCACAUUAGCUCAGGAUUUUCCAAUUGAUGACCUUUUAGGUUGUGCAAUAGAUUUUACACCUCUGUUCAGUCAUUUCCAUAAAACAGUAUUUUGUAUUACUUUGGAUUAAUAAUACACUUGGAUUUCUGAUGUGUAUAUACAUUUGUAAAUUGUUAGAAUGUUGGGACAAACUUUCAGCAUUUGGUUAAAAUGAAUGGUAACAGGCAGUUAUGUAAAGUACUGUAGCAGUGGCUUAUAACUGCACUGAAAGCAUGCUUGGGUUUGUUAGAAGAUUGGUUGGUCUGUAUUCAAAAUUAUUCUGUCUCAUAUUUCAGUGUAUGAGAUUCUUGUCCAGGCCACAUGUUCUCUAAUCUUUUUCAUCAUAAAUUAUUUGAUGAUUUUGUGAAUUCUGAAAUUGGCGCCUGAAGUAUUAAAUUACAAGAAAAACAAAAAAUGUAAGUUUUUGAAAGCGUGUCUUCUAGCAAAGAAAUUGUUCGUGAUUGAAACUGUUUUAAAUGCAGACAGCUAGUGAUUUUGUUCUGAAUGAUUCUCUGAAGUUUACCAUACUGCAGUAUUGUUAAGCUGUGUGCAAAACUUAAAUAGCCAGACCUGUUUCAUAAGCAGCUAUAAACAGUAUUGUGUUUAUUUCCUGUUUAUAGCCCUUGCCUUAAUUCAUUAUCUAUGGUAGGGUUGUGUGUAUGUAUUGCAGAUCCGUUCAGACUUCUUAUUGACAGUAAAUUAAAGAUGCAGAGCACGUAGUCUUAAGAGAUGUUCUUUUUCAAGAAAAAAGUUAAUUCACAAUAUCUUCAAUACAUGCAGGCAGAUGUAUUUCCAUCUAGAAUGCAGGCUGGUCUCUGUUGUGGCUGGUAGACCAGGAUUCCAAUUCUGGGUUAGAGGUAUGUUCACAGGAAAGGAAAUUUGGUUUUCUGGGUGGAAAGCCAGGAUGUGAUUUCUGCAUGCUUUUUUGUAAUGGUUUUUUUCCCCACAAUGCCUUCAGUAGAGAGACUGUUUGAAAAUGUAAUUAUGGUUCAGAACAGCUAAAAUUAUUGUGACUUGAGCUCUUCAGUUUCAUGGGUGUUCUGCUUAACGUUCAUAUGGAAUAAGGCAGGAAGAGUGCAACAUUCAUUGAUGUCACGGUCAUUUAAUGAUAACAGAUGGUUUGUUUCUAAAACACAGGUUUUCAGUUUAAAUAGCAAUCAUUAAUAAUUUAACUAGUUUUUUCAGUAACUUUAAAAUGCAGAUACAAAAUGGGAAUUGGAAGGAAAGGAACUCCCUGGACAAAUAGAGGCAGGCAACCUUCUGCAGAUAAGAAAGUGGUUUUUUAUUUCAUGCUGUCAGUGAUUAAUCUGGCAGAGUCAUCCUGUGUAGAUUUACUGGGAGAUAAAAAUAAGGAACUGAAACAACAGGUUAAAUGAGUCAACCCAAAGCAAAUGUGGAGUAGCUGCAGUUGUGAUCAGGCUGCUGGCAGGGGAGUGCAGCACCUGCCCUGCUGAGAGGGGCAGGUUUACCCUGAAGCCAGCAAGUCCUUCACACUGCUCCGAAUGUGCACUGUAAAAGAUGUGAGAAAUGAAACCAUUUAUGAUACAGGACAAACUACUGAGGCUGUGUUGUCUUAUUCAACAGGAUACUACUGUGUCUGUAAGCUUCCUGCAGUGUUCUUAUUAAAUUCUGGAAGAGAACUCUUUGUUGAGUAAAGUGGGAAAAGUGGAUACAUGAAGAAACUUCUGACAUGGUAGUUUUACUAACACUGUUUGGAAGUAAUGCUGGAGUAGUCAGACUUCAGUCAGUUAAUGCUGCUUUAACCAGGUUUCAACAUGUGACUGACUUGUGAUUUUGUGAUUUAUUUUAUCUAUGCAUGGUUAAUUUGUUUUGUACUUUACAGUUUAGCUUUGUGUUUAUUUCUGCAACUGGGAGCAACAUAUUGCUAAGAAGUUUGUGGGCUUUUUGACUUGUUUGCUGACUUUGGUCCCCCCCAACCCAUAGGCCUAAGAUGAAUGUCAUAAAAUGUAGUCGCUGUUUCAGUUGGUUUAUCUUUUGUAUGAUCCCAUUUGCUCAAAUCACAUUUUUACUGUUAAUUUCACUUAAAUAGUUUUGGAUUCUGUCAUGAUAAAACCUCUUAUAUUCUAAAAAAUGCACACAGAAAUAAUGACUUUUAUAAAAAUUCAUGGCUUAGGUGCUAGAAGCAUCUAGUCUAUGAAAUUAUGUGAGACAUUGCUAUGUAGAUACCUUUGUGAAUUACAGAGACUUGUGUGUAUAUACUCAUACCCAAUUCAGCUUGUUUAUUGUUUUAGCACAGAAAAUUCUGUUGUACUGGAAUACAGUGUUUGAUUGAGGGCAAUGUAUUGAAGUUACUGUUUGGGUUGUGAAGGCACAAGGAAAAGGGUUAAGUAGAAGAAAGGUCAAUUUACUUGAAUAACCUGGUGCCUUUCAAUAUUGUGACUGCAUUGUAGAAAACACAUGUACAGAGACUUAAGUUCGUUGCAAUCUUUCUAGUGAGAGCAUGGACUGAUAACAGCUCUUGUUAAAACAACUGUUUACUUUAUAUAGGUGUGUAAGCCUCUGUAGGAAAACAGUGACUCUUUCAUUAGUAAAGUCUGUCACUGCAUUGGAAGGGCAAGUUAAAAAUGUGAUUGUCUUAAGAGCUUUCUGACUUUCUGUUUUACGCUUUGAAAAUACAAAUGUGAAUUGCCUUUGUUUUGUUUAGCUUGAAAUGGUUGUUAAAUGCUAUCAUUUUCAGUUGUUCACAUGUGAAAUUUUAUUUUUAAUUGCUAUCCAAAAUGUAAUGGGUUUAAUAUGACUAGAGUCUUCCUUUUAAGUGUCUGAAAUACUAAGUUGCUAUGAUAUUAGCAUUUAUAUUGCUGAUCCAUUUAAUUUCCACAUAAAUUGAUUAGAAUACUUAUUUUAAAUUUUUAAUUGUUGAGUUCACAAGGUUCACAAAAUUCUGGGCCAGUAAGAAGCAACAUAUUGCGAGGUUUCUAUGAGCCUGCCUUAACUCAUAAUUGCAUGUUUGAAAUCGUUUUACCUGAUGGAUGUAGAUGGUCUUGAGACCUGAACAUAGCUGUCUCAACUCAGGUAACUAAUAGCAGAGGGUAGGAGUAAGUCCAGCUGAUCCAUCACCUGCUGUGGAAUGUUUACCUGCUCCCAUCUUCCCCAGGGCCCCAGGCUGAAAUGCUGAGUUUUAUUUAAAUGAGCUUCGUUUCUUUACCAACAGAACCAAACCCCAGGAUUACACUUUUGUGGCAUUAGAGGCAGAGUUCUCAAAACUUGAUUGUCGUGCAUCAGAAAGUCAUUUUCUGCCUUGUCUGUGAAAUGGAUAAUGAGAGUCGCUUGAAGAAGGUGAUAAAAGAUCAUAACAAAGAGAGACUGAUUUCUCAGUAUUCACCUUAGAAGACUGUAAAUAGAGGGAUUUCUUUAAUUUCCUUGCUUUCCUAAAAGGAGGCUUUUCCCAUACUGUGUUGAAAUCCACCUCUUGCCUUUCUUUAAGCAUCUGAACAGCAAUCUACAAGGUUCUUUGUGGGAGAGCUCUCUAAAAGACAGACUUCAGACUUGCAUCCUAAUGAAUCUGAAAAAAAAGAUGUUUCUGCACGAAACUCUGACCCUUGACAGACUUCAUUCCAUUGCUGCAGAAUUUGAAGAUAAGAAGUUCUUCAGCCUCCUUACGAAGGAAGGAAAGAAUAAAAGCCAUUUCAAGAUUGUUGAAAGCCUCCUUGUGACACUUGAUUCCCUAACAGACCUUAAGGAUAGCCAUGAACAUUUAAGUGUGUUCUGUUUUGAGCUUUGUGAACAUUAUUUUUCAGUGUCAAGAUCAGAGAAAACUCUUGUCAUAACACCUGCCCCUUCCUUCCAUGCCUGGUGGUUUUUGUUGGAGGGAUUUUGAGUAGGUAUUUAGACACAUGGUUUAAUAGCCUGCCACUUUUAAUGCAGUUUUCUUCUGUUCACUGUUCAUUGCUCUGAAUUUUGUCUAAGUAGUCUGAAUCUCAUGUUGUCUUUUUAAUAUUUCAUUUUCUGUAAAUAAUGUAGUAGAUGGCUUUCAUUUUGUGACUGGCUUCUCACGUCUUUAGUAUUGAGGGAGGAGGCAGUGGAAAGAGUUGUUGUUCGAGUAUGUUCUUCAAGGAAUAAAAAAAGCCUCAUUGUUUUGUUUUAAGAAUAGCAGGAAUUUUCUACUCCCAGUUGAAUGAGGGGAACUAAUGUCCACUUCUAAGGAAUAGAUUGUUGAUGUUAUUUAUACUGUAGUUUCUUAAGGACUGUCUAAUGUGUGCAUGUGUACGUGUAUGUGCACAUGGAAACACACUGUUAGAGAAGCCUUUAAUUAUUUGUAAGUGUGGAUAAGAAAUGACAUUUUUAAACUACUGAAGCUGGAGUUAAAUGCAAAUGCAUUUUAAGUCUGUAGUCUUUGAGUCCACGACGGUGCUUUUGACAAUGUUACUCCAUAUCUAAAAGCCUCGUUCAUAAGGAUAUAUAGUAAGAUGUAGGUAUGUUUAUAUGUAUGUUUAACAUAGUUUAUAUAAAAUAAAUGUAAAUUUUGUUUCUACAGACAAUAAAUGUUUUCACGAAAUUUUUACUUA